CUGCCGGGACUGAGCUCUUAGCUAGUUCAGGAAGCGGCGGGCGGGGCACCCGGCCGAGUCGUCAGUGGUGCGGCCGCAGCCGCCGCUGCUACCGCCAGUGCGGAGAUCCGGAGCUGGCGGGGCGGCGCUGGGCGUGCGUGCGGGCAGACGGGGGCGCUGAGUAGGAGCAGAAAGCGGCGGCCAGCGGGCGUCAGCGGCUGGCGGAGGCGGAGGCGGAGGCGCAGGGAGGCGGCGGCGGGUCGCGUGGGGCGGCCCACCUCGCUCAGCAUUAUGGAUCCAAGCCUGUUGAGAGACCGGGAGCUGUUCAAAAAACGAGCUCUUUCCACUCCUGUAGUAGAAAAACGUUCAGUAUCUUCUGAGUCAUCAACAUCAUCAUCAUCAAAGAAGAAGAAAGCAAAGCUAGAACAUGGAGGAUCGUCAGGCUCUAAGCAAAAUUCUGAUCAUAGCAAUGGAUCAUUUAACUUGAAAGCUCUAUCUGGAAGCUCUGGAUAUAAAUUUGGCGUGCUUGCUAAGAUUGUGAAUUAUAUGAAGACACGUCAUCAACGAGGAGAUACACAUCCUCUAACUUUAGAAGAAAUUUUGGAUGAAACACAGCAUUUAGAUAUUGGACUCAAGCAGAAGCAAUGGCUAAUGACUGAGGCAUUAGUCAAUAAUCCCAAAAUUGAAGUAAUAGAUGGGAAGUAUGCCUUCAAGCCCAAGUACAACUUGAAAGAUAAGAAGGCCUUACUUCGGCUCUUAGAUCAGCAUGACCAAAGAGGUUUAGGAGGAAUUCUUUUAGAAGACAUAGAGGAAGGACUGCCCAAUUCCCAGAAAGCUGUCAAGGCUUUAGGGGACCAGAUACUAUUUGUAAAUCGUCCUGAUAAGAAGAAAAUUCUUUUCUUCAAUGAUAAGAGCUGUCAAUUUUCUGUGGAUGAAGAGUUUCAGAAACUGUGGAGGAGUGUCACUGUGGAUUCAAUGGAUGAGGAGAAAAUUGAAGAAUAUCUGAAGCGACAGGGUAUUUCUUCCAUGCAGGAAUCCGGACCAAAGAAAGUGGCCCCUAUUCAGAGAAGGAAAAAGCCUGCCUCGCAGAAAAAGCGCCGAUUUAAGACUCACAAUGAACACAUGGCUGGAGUGCUGAAGGACUACUCUGACGUUGCUCCCGGCAAACAGUGAGCACUUCCGUAUGGGAGCACAGAGCUGCCGUGUCCAAGGCAGGACCUUUCGUACUGAUACUGGCAUCUGAAGAUGGACUCUUCCCACCCUGCUUCUUAGGACUGAGGAGAGGAGCAGUUCAGUUUACAGAACAAGUGCAAAUUACCAAACUCAAAGCUUAUUUUAAUGGAAUAGGCUAAUGAGAAAUGUGAUGUCCCUGUUAACCUGCUGUUACUUCUUGGGGGAAAGGCACUUAGCAUGGCAUGCAGGUGUCUGCUAUUUAUCGCGACGUCUAAGUGGUUCCUGGUUCCAUUUUUCCUCUCUUAUUACUUUAGAACAAGUUUGCAGAUAGUCUUGAAUGUAAUACUUGUUUAUUCCAAAGAACAUAUUUAUAAUAAAAUCAUUGUCGAAGGA